AUGGAUGAUCUUCCCCCGUUGCCAUCAUACGACGAUCCAUCAAAGUGGCUGAAGAAAAUUAAGCAGCAACGCCUCAAAGGAGGGAAGACAUUGCGGACAUUGUGUCGGCUGCUCAGCACGGAGAUCAGAACGAUGAUGACCUGGUCGGCCACCACCGCUGUCGUGGAUUUUGUGGCUCCGUAUGCAAUGCUGCGGCUACUCGCCUUUCUGGAAGAGCCGGAUGAUGCCAUUGUUAAGCCGAUCCUUUGGGUGUCGCUGCUGUUUAUUGGACCAAUGACACGCUCCCUUUGCUAUCAGCAGUAUAUAUUCACGGCCACUCGGCUUCUUGUGCGGGUUAACAUCUCGCUUGUCCAAGAGAUCUACGAGACGGCGAUGAAGUCAUACAUCUACGACGACUCCGUGGACCUUCAAAAGACAAGCGGGUACUUGAAGUGUCAAAGCGCGAAAUCUUCCAAACGAGCCCUAAAGUCGAGCCAGGCAAACCUGACCAGUUUGAUGUCGUACGAUGUGGAUGCUAUAUACAAUUCUCGGGACAUCUUUUACGUGGCUACGGCAAGUCCGAUCGCCACCACGCUGGCGCUUGUUUUCCUCUAUCGAAUGCUCGGAUGGCCGUCUGUAUUUGGCGUCCUCGCACUACUAUUGCUCACCCCUCUACCGGCUAUGGCAUCUCGCAGGGUGUCCCGUAUCCAGCAGUCUGUAAUGCGCGCGACCGAUGUGCGUUUGGCCAAAAUAUCGGAGUACUUGGGUUCGAUACGCACCCUGAAAUACUUUGGUUGGGAGCAUGCCGCUAUGGACUCGAUCAACGAAGUCCGCAGUGUUGAACAACGGCGUCUUUGGAGACGUAGCGUCUACGCUGCAGCGAUUUCAAUGGCUGGUGAUCUACUCCCGAUGGUGAGCCUGCUGGUCAUGUUUUCGAUCUUCGUGCUGUUCACAGGCCUCCCGCUGCGAGCUCCUGUCGCGUUCACGUCUCUUUCUAUCAUGGAGACCCUGCGAUCUCAAUUUGUGUGGCUUUCCAACGUCAGUCGGUACUCCGCGCAGGGUGCUGAGUCGCUUCGUCGGAUAGACCGGUUUUUCGACUCUGCGGGAGAAAUCAAGCGACACCCAGAGGGACCGCUGGAGAUGAAGAAUGCCACUUUUCGACGUACCCCAAUCGCCGCUUUCAGGCUGCAGGACGUGUCUCUCUGCUUCAAGCAACGGGCACUCAACGUGGUCACCGGUCCGACCGGGUGUGGAAAGACUUCCUUGCUUUUGUCCUUGCUGGGCGAAACAGUCUUAGAAUCGGGCUCUGCCACCUGCCCGCGAGACGUGGCCUAUGUGCCACAGGCGCCCUGGUUGCAGAAUGACACGGUCCGUAACAACAUCACGUUUUAUAGUGCAUUCGAUGAAGCGCGGUAUAAUGCUGUUGUCGAAGCAAGUGGUCUUGCGCAGGAUCUGCGACAAUUACCUGCUGGUGACUUGACCUUGGUGGGAGAAAAGGGAACGUCUCUGUCUGGAGGGCAGAAGCAGCGAGUGUCUCUAGCGCGAGCGCUGUACUCGCCUUCUUCUACGCUGCUGCUGGAUGAUAUCUUCUCUGCUCUUGACACGCAUACCAGCACAUUGGUAUUCGAGAAAUGCUUCCGAGGCGGUCUCCUCUCUGAUCGCACAGUAGUCCUGGUCACUCAUUAUCCACCUGCCUUUCAAGAAGCCGACUUGGUGAUUCGCAUGGAGCAUGGUAGAGUGCUGCCCGUCCCGGCGUUACCGAAUGUCCAACAAGCCCUAAGGCAAUCCUCCGGCUAUACCACCCCGGGGACAGAGACCGAUUCCAGCAGUUUGGCAAAUCCAGAAACUAUUGACCAUUGUGAUUCACCAGUGGACCCAUCGGCCACCAUCCCACCUGCGAUAUACGAGCGACAACCAGCCACAGGAGGGAGUAUUGUAAAGGAAACAUCGGCUACGGGGCGCGUGCCUCGCACUCUCUUCUUCCAGUACAUGCGGCUAUUCGGUGGGCCAUUCUAUGCACCUAUCGCUGUUCUGGCAACCGUUUCGGUCCAGUUAGCAUACUUCGCCAUCACUUAUUGGCUGUCCCUCUGGACAGGUUCAUAUGAGAAAUACGAAAGACCCGACACGAUGUUCUACCUUGCUAUUUAUGCUGCCUUGAUUAUCCUCUUUCUCAUUAUGCAGGUUACCAACAAUCUCAUCUACCAGUAUGGGAGCUGGGUUGCAGCGAAGAAGAUGCACAAACAGCUUGUCACCGCGGUCCUUUCGGCUCCCAUCUCCUGGUUCGACGACAACCCCAUCGGUCGAGCCAUCAACCGUUUCGGGAACGACACACGGUCCAUGGACACGAUUAUUAUUGACUGGCUGCGCAUGUCGAUCGACAAUGGAUUGCGGUUUCUUCUCCGCAUUGCCAGCGUCGCAUCCAUCAUGCCUAUCUUUGCACUCCCCGCCGCCAUCGUCUGCUCUGCCGGGUUCGCCAUUGGCGAGAUGUAUACCCGAGCGCAGGUCUCCAUCAAGCGUCUUUGCUCAAUAAAUUACUCCCCAGUAUUCUCCCACUUUACGGACUCUUUAGCUGGCCUCAGCGUCAUCCGCGCCAGAGCGGGCAUGGGCAUUGUCUUUCAGCGGCUUCUCGCCGAGAAGUUAGCUGUGCAUGCUCGCUCCGCUGAGGCCCAGUAUAACUGCAACCGAUGGGUGUCUGUGCGAUCCGACUUGUGCGCCGCCACCGUCGCCGCGGCAGCCGGAUAUGUUGCAUUCCUCUGGCCUGGGUCUGCGGGCCUCGUCGGAUUCUCGUUGACCAACGCUAUUGGCCUGAGUCAAACAAUCCUCACGCUUGUGCGCACCACAAACGAGCUCGAGGUCGAGCUGAACUGCUUCCAACGCAUGCGCGAGUAUGCCGACAUCGCGCCGGAGGAACAGCUCUCCGAGGAGAAGCGCGCCAAAGCCGCCGCUGCCCUCCCUGCUAGCUGGCCCAUUGCCGGCCGCGUCGAGUUCCACGACGUCGUCGCCCGCUAUCACGAGGGCGGACCCGACGUCCUCCGCGGCGUGUCUUUUGUCGCGAAUCCGGGCGAACGCAUUGCUAUCGUUGGUCGCACGGGGAGCGGCAAAAGCACGCUAGGCCUGUCGCUGCUUCGAUUUGUGGACAUCGUCCGCGGCCGCAUCACCAUCGACGGCGUCGAUAUCUCUCAGGUGCUUCUGAACCGACUCCGCACCAGCGUGACCCUCAUUCCGCAGGAGCCGGUGCUCUUUUCCGGCGAUGUCCAUUCCAACCUCGACCCUUUCGGCGAAGCCAGCGAGUCUGAGCUGCGCUCUGCCCUGGCGGCAUGUACUUCCAUCCAAGUCCCGGAAGGGAGCACGGCCGCAGUAAACCAUAAUCACAGUAGCCCUCCCGCAGGCCAGCACAACGGCCACAACACAAACAAGUCUUCCCGUGCGCUUACACUGGAUACACCUGUCGCUGCGAAUGGAGAGAACUUCAGCCAAGGUCAACGGCAGGUCCUCAGUCUUGCGCGGGCUAUGUGUCGUCGCUCGAAGGUCGUACUCCUCGACGAGGCGACCGCCUCGGUCGACCACGAGACGGAUAUGCACAUGCAGCGGGUCCUGCGGUCGAUGUUCCCCGACUGCACUAUUAUUGCGAUUGCGCAUCGUCUGCGCACGAUCAUGGACUAUGAUCGCGUGCUGGUCAUGGCGGAUGGGGAGAUUGUCGAGUGA